AUGGUAUACCCUACAUCGCAGGUCCGCCGGUCAAUCCAUGCCGUACGAGUUCAGAUGAUCGCUGCAGCUCUGCGGUUGGGUUACGACCAUGAGAACGCGCUGGUCAAACAGGUGCUGUACCGCCUGGCCCUAGCUGAGCGGCUCAAGGCGCCGUGGCGGCGACCCGGCAAGAGACCGGACCCGGUGGCGGCGGCGGCGAGGGAAGCAGCGCGUCGUACAGAGGAGGCCCUCCAGGGCGGAUCUGGAUCCGGAUUUGGCGCCUACCACACCCACCGCCCCGACCUGCUGGUGUAUGUGGACCGGCUAGAUGCCCCCACCCCCCCCGCGGGACCCGCCGCGGGGCCGGGGGGGGCAGGCAACCCGGGGGGGGCGGGGGCGGAGCUGGCGGUGCUCCGAAACCUCACCGAGGCCCUCGGACCCGCCAUGUGGCUCAACACCAUUGUAACGUUCACACACGCCGGCUCACCCCCGCCGACCAGCUGCCGCCUGCAAACCCCUCGUGCCGGAUCCACCUCCUCAGCUGCUAGCCAGCUUCCUGCCGUACACAAAGGCCCCUCUUUUGAAAACUGGCUGGAGAUCAGGAGCCAUGCACUGCAGGCGGUGAUUAGGCAGGUGACGCAGAUCUCCCGGCCGCUGAAGUUUCCGGAUCAUCGCAACGUCAUGGAUGUACGACGCGCUCGGGUUGACGCGGCGGCGCUGCCGCUGCCGCGGCAACGUCGUGACGCCAGUCGCCAGGUGGCACUGCGCGUGCUGGGUUUGCGUCAGGGUGCACGGAAGCAGCGGGACAUGGCGGAGUCGUACAGAAAGGCGACGCCUGCGGGGGCUACCGUUACCGGGCUCCCGAGGCGCAAGGCGGAUGGGUGGUACGGCCCAACAUUGAACAACACUGCGCUGACGUCAGUGACGGCAUCGAGGUACGGUGUGGUUAGACAAGUUCAAGAUUGCCGUGGUGUGAGGACAAACGGUCACGCAGCUCCUAUCGUGUGUCAUGUUCUUUUAAUGAUGUACGAAUGGCCUUGUGUGUACGGCAACCACGUGAACGUUGGUGUUUUUACAACGCCGCUCUGGGGGGGGGCGGUGGCGUCGUUCACUAAGGACCAGCGGAUGCUGGCGGCUCGCUCCGAAGCCACGGUGUACCACAACCCGCUGGGGUCCGCCACCACCUCCCUCUCUGUGGAUCUGCAAACCAGCGCCGCGGCGGGGGGAGGGGGGCGGGGGUUGGCGGCGGGGGGAGAUGUGCUGCUGGUGCUCCGGAGUGACACGCGGCUCAAGACGGUUAGCGGUUGGUGGGCCGGUUUGUUGGCCAUGAUGAUUCCUCUGGGUCGGUUGGCGGUUGACUCCGCAAAGGACGCGGGGGACACAGAUCAGGUCACAGCAAAGCCGCGGUGGGGCUUCCCUGACAGCUGUUUUUUGGGGGGGGGAAAGCAUGAUGCCGCGAAGUCGACGGCACCGCACGCGGGCUCUCGCGACCUCCAACGGGGCUGUGCUGGGGCCUCGGGCGCCGCGGGUGUGGGCUGCCGCCCGCAAUCCCGCCAGUGCACAUUCUAUGGUGGACAGCGCCGCGACCUGCUAGUGGUACCACCGCCUGCCCCACUGGGCACUCCCAGAAGUGGUCCACGCCAUCCUCGUCGCCUCUUGUCGCCUCUUCCGAACACCCUGCUGCGCCCACCCACUUCCAAUUCCGUGGAUCGUAAACACGUCAAAAAAAUGUACAGGCCAUACAGCCGCAGAAGCUCAGAUCGACCAUAUGCGCAAAAGCCGGGCCAGCACUUGGUUGGCCUCGGCAGCCGGGCGGCCUAUGGACAACAUAAGAGAGUUCGACUUUCUUCGCAGCGAAAGAACAACAACAACAGCGGUGAUGACGAUGAUUUUGACUAUAACGUUGUACUGUAUUGAGUUGGUGGCGCCGGGCAGCAAAGGCGGCAGAGCUUCAGAACAACACCACCGCUCUACGACGUGUGUGAGAGGGAACCAACAUCGUCAUGACGAUAGAAUAAAAAACCAUAAUGCGUCUUUUUUUGAAGUGAUGGCUCUAAACCGUCUCCUGAAACACAAACCGCAUUGAUGUGAGCACAAACGUGC